AUGCUGUGUCUCCGAGUGACCACAACGACGAAUGACAUAACUCUCCGAGCUCGCUCCUGCCCUCUUGUCCCAGCAUCAACCCUCGCUCCUUCCUCCACCACCCCUUCUCGCACCACCAGCCCUCGCUCCUUCCUUCCUUGUUUGUCCCCGCACCUUGCUCCUUCCCCAACAACGUUGUCUCGACCCCGGAGAGCUUCCUUGUUCAAAUCCUCGUAA